AUCACCAUUGACAUUGUCUUUGGUAAAAAGCAUAUACAUGUAAGUGGAGAACGUGUUAGGCUUUAGUUUAUUGAUAUAUCCAAUGCAGCAAAUAAGAAUAACUAAUGAGGGCCAUAUUAAAAAAAAUUAUUCGGAUGUAACUCUGUUGUGUAUUACGUUAGAUGAUUUUUUUAAAGGUCUUCCGCACAUGGGGAGUCCCUGUGCUGCUGCUGCUGCUGCUGCAGAGGAGAAGGAGGAGGAGCUUCAUGCUGGAGACGACUUUUAGCUCAAAAAGCUGCUGGCUAACGGAAACACAGGCGAACAUUUCUUGAUGGAUAAGCUUUCAAAAGCAAAGCCAGCUUUUGGUUGUAGUUGUUUAAGGUGAAGCCAUGUGUGGGCCAGUAUUCGUGUUUUUUCUCGUGAGCUAUAUUCCUUCUUGGUCUUCUGACCGGAUUCUGGUUUUACUGCACCCCGAAAUCAAAGACAAUGUGGUACAGAAGUGACUUUGAAGCCGGAUUUGAAGCUAAUAAAGCAGGGAACCGUUGUGGCUCGGUUGGAUGGCAUUCGGAAUAUGAAUCAAACUGGCACAUCAGUCUCCCUUGCUCUGGAAGCAGAAUUUGUGAUGGACGAAGACAAAGCACUCUGUCUGACAGUGGUGACACAGGAAUUGGUACUUACUGCUCUGACAGUAUGGAAGAUGACUCCAGUUCCAGUACAAUUCCUCUGUCUUCCCUUAUUCUGUCACAGCACAACUUAAACCAGAAUGAAGAUGGAGUCCCUUCUGCUCCUGCCAUGUCAUCUCCUUCAUCCUCUUCUUCUCACAGCCCACGGUGCUGGAACAGGUCUUCCCACAGAAAUCAGCAAACCACUUCUCCUUUAGAAGCACUAAGCAGUAUGGACAUGAAAGGGUGUCAACCCAUCAGAAGGUCAUCCUCUUUUACCAAGCUGUCAUCAGGGCUUGAUAAUAGCUCCAUGAAGACAUCCAGCUAUUCUUACAAUCCAGGUACUCAAGGCUCACUGGACAGAGGUGUACUUUAUGGUUACAGAAAGAAAAGUAGGGAUUCAAAUAUAAACCUUUACCUACCUUUGUCUUCUACGAAGAUCGGCAAUAGCUUGCUGCAGAGAUCUCCUGGUGCCAAACCUAGCUAUGGGUACAAACACAGCAGUCGAUCUACUGGUUUGAUCACAGACCUCUCCCCUUCCUCGUCUCAUUCUUCUCCAGUUAAAUAUAGUUUAAACUAUUGUAGUCCACAUCAGCCCAAAGUCUCUGUGGAGAGUCAGCAAGCAUAUGACCUUCAAUCAUCCCUCUGGACUGACUGCCCUGUGUCUCAGAAUUCUGAUAGAGGGAAACCCAUUCAGCCAGCUGUUCGAACCCAGAUGUGGUUGACUGAGCAGAUGGAGUACCGGCCCAAACUGGACAUUGGAAGUGAACCUGCUCAGACCAGUGCACAUGGGACAGAAGACUGUGGUGUAGAUGGCCUCUCAUUGUUGCAUCAGGAAUCUGAACUUAACCAGAUGCUGAUGGAAACUUCUAUCCCUGUUAACCUUCUGCUGAAGAUUAAGGAGAAGCUGCUGUGGGAGAGAGAACUGGAAAUACAAAGUCACAAGCAGCAAAUCAUGCAGCUACAUGUCUGGAUCAGAGAGAAUGAGCACAGAGCAAGGCAGGUCUUGCACAGCCAGAGGAGACAGUUUGAUGCCUCCAUAAUCCCAAAUACUGAGGAGUCAGCAAUGGGGGCAUCCUGCAAACCACCAUCUGAUAAGCUAUGCUGCGAUAAAGAAUUUUAUAAGAAAUUAGCAUUGGCUGAGCUUGAAGUGCUCCAUCUGAACCUGUUUUUUAAACAAGUUACCUUAAAAUAUACUGAGGAAAUCCAAAAACUGGAAGAAAAGAUAAAGACAAGGGAUCGUUACAUCACUAGUCUGAAAAAGAAGUGCCAGAGAGAGAGUGAGCAGAAUCAAGAAAAACAGCAACGUGUAGAGACUAUAGAAAAAUACCUGUCUGAUCUGCCCUCAUUAAAUCAAGUUCAAGUCCAGUCCAAGCAGCAGGAGAAGUUACAGGAAAAAAAUAAGCAUCUUGAGAAUACAGUGGUCCGGUUACAGAAGAGUAUAGAGGAAGGAUGUGCACUGAUUCAAACGAAAGACGUCAUGAUUGAGAUGCAAGCAAAGACGGAGAAAAAGCUGAUUGCAUCUGUACAAAGCUUGUGUAAGAAAGUGGAACAGUGUCUGGAUGAUGGGGUUAGGCUGCCGGUCCAAGAUUUCAAAAACCUUGAGGGGGAAAAUUCCCAGCUCCUGCAGCAGCAAGAUUACAGCAGCAGGGUGUUAAGGAUUCAGAAAGACGAAAUUGAGAGACUAACUUCAAAACUAAUGGCCACUAGUGUAAGACUGCAAAAGAAGAGAGGCCCUGCUCAUCCACAGGUGGUUUAUUCUCUGCAAAAGGAGGAUAACUUGGUCAGCUUCUCUCAGGACAAAGGCCAGUUUGUGCAAGGAAAGAUGUCCGAAGUGGAUGAACUGUUGAAAGAGAUGUCUUUGUGUCUACUUGACCUUCAAGGUUUCUGCGGCAUCCUGGCUCAACGAGCACAGGGGAAAGAACCCAACCUCUCUCUGCUUCUGGGAAUGAAAUCUCUCAGUAUCUCAGCAGAAGAGAAGGAGUACCAGGUUGGUGAAGAGGAACUGAGUUCUAAGAUUAUUGAAGUUGGCCUACUGAGAAGAGGAAUUGAUGAGCUGAGGAAAGCCAUGGCAGAAUACUGUCCUCGGGAUGUGGACGAAGGCUGUGCCACACAGUGAACUCUCCAUUGUAAAUUUCACUAAACAAAGAAGAUGGCUGGAAAAAAAAUACUUUCAGUCACACAUGCUGUGCACACCUUUGGGAUCAGCUGAAAGGUGUGGACAUGGAACUGGGGUUGGAGUUGAGCCAACACUGAUGCCUCUGAUCCACUUCAGAGGUAGUCACAGAUCCAUAACGGCCAUGAAAUGAAACCAAGACAGUGGCACAGUCAGGAGUGCAAACCAAGCAGCACCAUCCUCCAUUGCCCAUCUACUCUGAUAAAUACUUUGAUCAGCAGAUUUUAUGCAAAUAAUAACACGUUGAAGUUAGUGACAUACAACUUUGGUUGAAUAUAAGAACAUUGCAUGAAGUCAAACAGAAGGAUUUCAAUACGGAAAUUAUAUUAAUAGCUGUUAUUGACUAAAUGGUCAUGAGUCAGACUUUACAGCUGUUGAGCAGACAUUUACUAACCAAGAACAGUUUAAGAGGUUGUCCGUUCUACGUCCUGUAUCCAAGCUUCUCAGUGCAAAGUUUAGUGGAAGGUAAACAUGUGGUAGAAAAGUACAUACAAAAUACAACAUUGUGAAGCAACAUUUGCUCAUAAUUUCUAAAUGACUGUUACCAGAACAUUUCCAGUUUUCUACUGCUUUAAACAAGUAUGCUGUAAAACAACUCUGAUUCCAACAGGCUUGGGGUGUUGUGUUAAUCAUGAAUAAAAAAGUAAUACAAUUUUUAGCCUAUAUUCCAUUGAAUAUGCAAUAAAGGCAAAAUGUUUAAUGUUCAAAUUAAUAAAUUUAGUUUUGUUUGUUGCAAA